CCUGAUAAAGCACAGAUCUCAUUAACAAGUGCUCUGUGGGGUCCCAGCAGAGCCAUGCAAGGAGAAACAAGGAGCAUGGCAACCUGCCAGAUACUCGCCUGUGCUUAGUAUAAACAUUUUAAUUUCAUAAGUGCCUAUAGCACAAUAAUCCCCCAGAUUUCUGGAUAUUUUCAGCUGAUACUACAUGCACAAAACUAGAGCGCAAACACUGGGAUCAGCAUUGUGGAAGCUUGUAACAAGCUCGAUCACAGGGAGUUAUUUCCUGCCUGUCCUAACCAUUCACAAGGAACAAACUUGGACUUUCUGCUGUGACUUGAAAUCUGAUUAGAAAAUCAGAAGCAUAUUAAUGUGCAGCGUUGUCAGGAUUCUUCAUCGAGUUUUAUUAAAGCUUCAUCAGUCCUUGAAAGAGCCCCUUGUACAGAAUUUGGAAGAAGAGACAGCUCUUCAUGUUGGGCAGAUGACUGAACAAUCGCCAACGCCGGACAGUGUAAAAUAAUCCUGAAAGAAGAAAAGCCUUUUAAUGAAGGCACUGGAUGUUGGACACAGAUUACCAGAGAUAAAAUGAAUCCCUGUUGGAGAUGUCCUUUAUAUCCCUCAUUUGCUCUAAUACUGGUGACUUUAAGGUUUCUGAGCUCAUCUUUUAUCAAAGUAAAUAAUGGGAUCACAGUGAUGAAAGGACAAAGCGGCUACCUAUCAGAAGAAGAUCUACAAUUCUCCAUUCCCAAAGAGAAAGAUGCCUGCAAAGUGGAAGUCGUUGUUAAUGAACCCAUAACACAAAGAGUUGGAAAGCUCUCUCCACAGGUAUUUGACUGCCAUUUUCUGUCUAAAGAAGUACAGUAUGUUCACAAUGGUUGCCCGAUCUUACAUGAAGAUGAUGUUAUGCUCAGGCUUUACAGGUUUACAGAAAAUGAAACCAUUACUGAAAACUUUAUACUGAGGGUGAAGCUAGUUGAACCAGACUGUAACAUCAUAAACUUGGGACCCAAGAAACUGGAAGUAACAGAGUUUUAUGGGCUGUCAAAUGUUAUUGAUAAGAACAUAUUAACCUUGGACUAUGAAAAAAGAAUGAAUCUGGAGUGCACUAUUCGAGUGGCCACUAUAGAAUCUCAUUUGCCAGCUCAUGGACAAUUGGUCACUGGAGAUCCUGUGAAAGAGCAGCCACGAGGAGACCACCCACCCAGUUACUUCAGUAGCUCCCACCAGAAGACGGGUCCAUUGUGCAAGCGUGGGGACUGCAUUCCAGGGCUGAAUAAACUGACAAAGACCAUAAAAACCAGUUGUGAGGACUUUCUUCUGAUGGGUAUCAGGUACCAGCACCUAGAUCCGCCAUCACCAAGCAUUGAUUAUAUUACCAUCAGGUUGGAUCUUAUUGACACAAGAAGCAGAUCCUUGUACAAGUCAGAGCAUGCCUGGAUUCCUGUUCACAUCCAAAAUGCAGUUCCCAACCAGAUCCCCAAAGCUGCCUUCAUGUCAAUGUAUAUUUUGGAAGUGGAUCAGUUUAUCCUUACUCCCCUGACUACAGCAACACUUGAUGCAGAGGAUGGAGAAACCCCAAAACCUUUACUGGUCUUCAACGUCACAGAUCCUCCACGAGAAGGAUACAUUACCCAUCUUAAUGACCAUACCAAACCUAUUACCUCCUUUACAUGGCAGGAUCUCAAUGAUAUGCUUAUAGCAUAUCAGCCACCUAACAGUAGUCACACCGAAAGAAGAACUCUGGAGGUGGAGGUUGAAGUUCAUGAUUUCUUUUUUGAAAGGAGUUUGCCUAUCACGGUUCAUAUAUCAGUUAGAACUGCUGAAACAAAUGCCCCUCGAGUAUCCUGGAAUAUGGGUCUUGAUCUCUUGGAAGGUCAAUCUCGACCAAUCACAUGGAAACAACUUCAAGUGGUUGAUAAUGAUAAUAUCAAUGCUGUCCGCCUGAUCAUUGUAGAUGGCCUAGAGCAUGGACGCAUUACUGUAAGAGGGGGCAAAGGAUUUAUGUUCACAGUAAAAGACCUUCAGGCUGGAGUUGUCUGCUAUCAUCAUGAUGACAGUGAUACAACCAAAGACUUUGUCACUUUCCGAAUCUUUGAUGGACGCCACAGUAUUAGACACAAGUUCCCAAUUAACAUACUCCCUAAAGAUGAUAGCCCACCUUUCCUAAUUACAAACACUGUCAUUGAGCUUGCAGAAGGUCAGACUGUUCUCAUACAAGGCUCAAUGCUCUGUGCCUCCGAUAUGGACUCAAGUGAUGAUUACAUACGUUACAAUAUAACCAAGAAAUCAGCAGCUGGGAGCAUUAUGAAGAAACCAGGACAAAAGGCAUUAGCGUAUCCUGUUACAACUUUCCUGCAAAGAGACUUGUUUAAUGGUUUCAUAUAUUACAAGCAUCACGGAGAGGAAAUCUUUGAAGAUUCUUUUGACUUUAUUAUGUGUGACAGCCAUACGCCCCCUAACCUCUCUGGUCCUCAGACUGUGAUUAUACAUAUAAUACCGGUGGAUGACCAACUUCCCAAGGAAGUUCCGAAAACAGUUCGCAAUUUGCUUCUUAAAGAAACAGAAAUUGCUUACAUUACAAAGAAACAGCUACAUUUCAUAGACACUGAGUCUCCAGAAAGAGAACUUAUUUACACCGUGACUACUCCACCAUGCCGAUCAUCAGCAUCCAGUGGUCUAGAAGCUGGAAAGAUUAUUUUAGUGGAAACAGUUCCCAUGUUUGUAAAGGAUCACACUGCUAGCAUGGUACUGACAUUUACCCAGCAUGCAGUGAGUCACAUGAAAGUUGCAUACAUGCCACCAAUUGAGGAUAUAGGUCCUAAUGCUGUACAUAUCCAGUUUGUAUUAUCAGUCAGUAACCAUCACGGGACAGUGCAUGGCAUCUGCUUCAAUAUUACCAUACUUCCAGUAGACAACCAGCCUCCUCAGGUAUUUACAUUUGACAUGAGUGUGGAGGAAGGUGGCUCUCAGCAGCUGACAAUGGAUUAUAUCCGCAUGAUUGACAAGGACACAGCACAGGAUCAUCUUGGUGUUAUUCUGCAGAAAGCACCUUUACAUGGCAUGGUUCAGCUGGAUGGAAGAGCUGUGAAUGAAGGAGAACAAUUCAGCUACCAAGACCUGAGCAUGCUAAAAGUUAGGUAUCAGCAUGAUGGCUCUGAAUCCUUGUGGGAUGAAGUUACAUUUAUUGCUACAGAUGGGAUCAAUUCUGCUGACUUUCUUCUAAAAAUACAGGUUUUCCCUGUAAAUGAUGAACCACCAGUUAUGAAGGACAAUCUUUUACCUACCAUAUAUUGUGCAGAAGGUAACGAAGUAGUGAUUUCCACGGAUUACAUCUAUGCUGUUGAUGUAGACAGUGAUGAUAUGAAGCUGAUGUUCAUGAUUGCCCGUCAGCCUCGUUGGGGUAUUGUCCUGAAGGCUGGAAUCACUGUUGACCGAUUCUCCCAAAGGGAUAUACUUCAAGGCAUUGUUAUCUACAGGCAUACCGGUGGAGAAAUUGGAUUGGAGCCUUGCUUUGACACUAUAACACUUGUUAUUUCUGAUGCCGAAUUGGAUGCAGACAUAAAAUGCUGUUUUAAUACACAUCAUAACCCUUUACUGCCAAGUCAUGAUUCCUUUCCUGUAUAUGACCUUAAUAUCACAGUUUUACCAGGAGAUAACCAGGCACCAUCUAUUACAAUAGGUGAUAUAUUUUCUGUUGAUGAAGGCAAAUCGAGCGCGUUUUCAGUAAACCACUUGCUUGCCAAUGAUCCUGACACAGACAAUAACAAUUUGAAAUUCAUUUUGGUAUCACCUCCUCAGUAUGGCUACAUCGAAAACAUCCUUCCAUCUCCAGGCUUUGAAAAAAGCAACAUGGGAAUAAGCAUUGAUGUAUUUCUGCUGAAAGAUAUUCUAUCCCACAAUGUGAAUUAUGUACAGUCAAGACAUCAAAGAAUGGAGCCAACAGCAGACCAGUUUGUGUUUUAUGUCACUGAUGGGAAACAUCGCUCAGUGGAGAAGCCUUUUUACAUUGUAAUCAAUCCAACAAAUGAUGAAGUUCCAGAGUUCAUGGCCAGGAAUAUUACUGUGGAGGAAGGAGACAUGCUAGAGUUAAAUCCCUCCAUAAUUAAUGUGGCAGACAUGGAUGUACCCCCAAAUAAAUUAUUAUUCACUGUUACUGUGCAACCCAAGCAUGGCAUGAUUUUGGAGAAGAAUGAUGGUACUGAUAACAAAAAAGAGUUACUUAAAACCCUAAAGAGUAAUACACUUCCUAUGAUGCAGGAUUUCUCCCUGGACCACCUUAAAAAUGGUAUGAAGUUAGUGUAUGUACAUGAUGAUUCAGAAAACCUUGCAGACAGUUUCACAAUCAAGUUGUCAGAUGGAAAACAUGAAGUUCAGAGAACAAUCUUUGUCACUGUCAAUGGGAUUAAUGAUGAAAAGCCAGUCUUGACAAAGCACUGUGAAGUAGUACUAAGCAUGGGUGAACAUUACAUUAUUUCAAGUGCUGUACUGUCAGCAGAAGAUAAAGACACGCCACGAGAGCAAAUCCACUAUGUGAUUGAAAGGAUUCCAGAUCAAGGACAACUUCAAUUAAAGACAAAAGAUAUCUGGGUGAACCUACAGGCUGGUAUGAUGUGCACUCAAGAGAACAUUGAUAUGAACCUAGUUAGAUAUGUACACACGGGGCCAAUAGGUUUAAAGAAUCAAGACAGCUUUACUUUCCACUUAUGGGACGGCAGGAACAGAUCACCACAAAUACAGUUUCACAUCAAAGUCAAAGAUAUGGAGAAGGGAGACAUUGUACUGUCAUUGAAAAUGCUCCAUGUGUCAAGAGGUGACAGAGCCAUCAUAAGUACUGAUGUGCUCUUUGCUUUUGAUGGCACUGACAAACCAGAAGAGCUGCUCUACGUGCUCUCCUCACCGCCUCAGUACGGCCAGAUUGAAUAUGUCAACCACCCUGGAAUUCCCAUAACAAGCUUCAGUCAGAUGGAUGUGGCUGCUCAGACUGUCUGCUACUUCCACAAUGGCAAAGCUGCAGCUGCUGCUGAUACGUUCAAAUUCCUUGUCAGUAAUGGGCUGCAGACAAAGCAUGGGACCCUGCAAGUUGAUGUAGAGAUGGUUGAUAGGACUCCACCAACAUUAUCAAAGAACUACGGUCUUAAGCAGAGGAAAGGAUCGGUGGCUCUGAUUUCUCCAGACAUUCUUCAAACCAUGGAUCCUGACACAGCAACUGAAAAUAUUACAUAUCUGAUUAUGGAACACCCUCAGUAUGGACAUAUAUAUGUGAGAGGUUCAUCCCUGCUGAAAAACUUUACCCAAAGAGAUAUUGAUAACAUGGAUGUUGCCUACAAACACAGUGGUCAAGAUGCUCAGAUUGACAAGUUCACAUUUGUUGUGACGGACAGGUCGAAUAAAGGCUUUAUAAUUGAUGGGAAAGUGCAAUUUGAACCAAUACCUUUCAUUAUACAAGUGGACUUUCCAGAUGAUACCAGUCCCAAAAUAGUUAAUCUUCAGUGUGCUACUAAAGUUCAGCUCAUUCGAGAUGGCCAAUAUGGAAUCUACAUUACAUCUAGAGAAUUAAAGGCUACAGAUGCUGGGACAGAGGAUGAAAACAUCAUAUUCAAAAUAUUAAGUGCACCUCAGAAAAGUUACCUGGAAAAUGUAACUUCAGGCAGAAUUAUUAAAGAGCAAUUCACUCAAAAGGAUUUAAACAACAAAUCCAUAUUAUACAUUAUAAAUCCCUCACUUGAUGUGUAUGAGGAUGCUAUGGAAUUUGAAGUUUCAGAUCCAGCUGGAAACAGAGCGUUACCAAAAAUCUUAAGUCUGAAAUGGUCUCGUAUUGAAGUAUUUCAAGCCAAGUAUGAGGUGUGUGAGACAGAAGCGGGGGUGUCUUUGAAGCUCACAAGGAAAGGUUACCCUGUAGACUCUGCCUUCAUCACAGUAAUGGUGAAUGGAAUAAGUGCUAUGGAUGGGAAAGACUUUUCUACAAGUCCUUCUAAACUCAUACAAUUUGACCCAGGAGUGUCAACCAAGACUUGGAAUAUAGCAAUUACCCAGGAUGGAUUAGAAGAAGACGAUGAGACCUUUGAAGUCAUUCUGAAUUCUCCUGUGAAUGCUGUUCUUGGCACUAAGACAAGAGCUGUAGUGAAAAUUGUGGACCCCAAAGGAGGUAUUUGUCAAAAGAAUGCUGGAGAACGUCUACAAAACUGCACCUCCCAACCAAAAUGGAGCACUUGCAGCAUUGGUCUAGCAGAAGUUCCACUUCCUGAUAUGAAGAAGACAGAUGGGGGAAUUAAAGGAGAUCUACCUGAAGAUAUGAGUCUUGUACAAACUGGAAAGAAGAGACUUCGGGUUAUUGGAAAUGGAAAAUCUGUUAAGCCUUCAUUUGUAUACAACAAAGGAACUGAUACUAUUUAUCAAUAUCACAGUAUGGUGUCACUUAAAGUGGAAGAAGAAAAGCCAUCAUUUAACUCAACCCAGACAGCCAAGUUAUUAGUAAGGAGUCAUGGCCAGAAGAGAAUAAAAGUUCCUGCACAAAACACAGAACUUCCACAGUCAGACAGGGCCAUAUCUUCCGAUACUGCUAAGCAGGAAAAAGGAAUGACCUUUCCUAAGAAGUGUACUCCAGAUUUAAAAGGACUCCUGCAUUUUGAUGAUAAGAGCCAACAGCUUUACCAGUGUGAUGGUAUAUCAUGGAACAUAUGGGGAGCUAAUGCCAAGGCAACAAAAUGUCCAUUUGGCUGGACUCCACAUGACAGCAGCUGCUACAAACACAUCACUGAGCAGAAGGCCACAUGGAUCACCGCAGCCCGGAUAUGUCAGGAACAGUACCAUGCAACACUUGUAGAUAUCUUCAGUAAAGAACAGAUGGAUUGGCUGUGGAAGUUCAGUGGAAGAAAGUCAUUUUGGAUAGGCCUUACUAACCGUGCCAACAGUGCUGACUGGGAAUGGAGCAAAGGAGAGAAGGCAACUUUCACAAACUGGAAAAGACGUCCACCGCGCCAGACAAGCAAAGGGAAAAAUUGUGUUUUGGUGCAAAAGAAAGGCAAAUGGCAUGUGAAAAACUGCCAGAAAUCAAAUUAUUUUAUCUGCUCAAAACUGGUGUAGUACUUACUAUGCGAUUAAGUAUUGGACAUUUUGUAGGAAUAUUUAUUAUUCACAUUUUUGAGUAAACCCUACCAAUUGUAUAUUUAACAAAAGUGAUUUUGAUAUAUAUAUAUAUGGUAAAGACUUAAAGAGGAUUGAAACAGUGAUAGCUGUUCCAAAAAAAAGGUAUGUGGACUAGUCACCUGUAUUGCCUGUGGAUUCAUGACAGCUGAUCUUUUCCCUGUUACUGAUUUACCAUGCAUUGUUCUGCACUGUUUUUUGUGUAUAUAGACUAGGGCUACAGUCCCUGCAUCUUGGUCAUGCCCCCUAACACAUUUCACCCUGACUGGUCUUAGUCAUAGACUAAGCUCAGUCAGAGUGAAAUGCAUCAGAGGGAUGUGGUGUAGCUCAUCAGUGGACAUGGUGUGUGCCCCCUAAUUUUGCUAUUGUAAUUGUGAAAUUAGCAGUCAGGAGCAGCAGUGUUUUAGAUCAUCUCACACUGCAGAUUUAGAACUAUGAGGCCAAGGCACAGAAAGUGCACUAAUAUUUUGUAUGAGAAAUUGAAGGCAAAAGGUACUGCUUAAGGAAACAUUUAAAUGUUUAGGGUUACUAUAACAUAGCAGAUCUUCCUUUUUUGAGUUCAAGUCCACUUCUAUAGAAUAAAAAAUGUUUCUCUCUUUAUAGCCGUUUGAAGAAACAUUUGGUUUAAUCUGCUACCUUCAGGAUGUUGGGACACUGGCAAACAAAAAAAAAAAAGAAGAUGUUAAGCUUUGUCCUGUUUAAGCCCCAUUCCAUCUGUCAUACUUUUUUGCUAGUGCCGUAGAAGGUUGGACACCUUUUCUUCAGUUCUUCUUGAGAAAAACGCUAACUAUAUUUUUGAUAACUUCUUUAUUUAAUUAAAAAAAUUUACUUUUUCGUCAAUCAA